AUGGAAGAGGAAAAUAACUCCACAGUGAGUGAGUUCAUCUUUGGGGGACUGGCCACUAACCUAGAAACAAAGCUCUUCUUCUUUGCAAUCUUCUUGGCAGUCUAUGGGGCAACUGUGCUUGGCAACCUCUUGAUUGUGGGCAUUGUGGCUUAUGAACCUCUCCUCCACACCCCCAUGUACUUCCUCUUGGGGAACCUCUCAUUUUUGGAUUUCUGCUAUUCCUCCAUAACUGCCCCCAAAAUGUUGCUUGGCUUCUUACUGAGGACCAACACCAUCACUUAUAGAGGCUGCAUAUCUCAGAUCUUCUUCUUCCACUUCAUUGGUGGCAUCAAGAUCUUUCUUCUCACCAUCAUGGCUUAUGACCGCUAUGUUGCUAUCUUCUAUCCUUUACGUUAUAUGGCCAUAAUGAAUGGAACUUUAUGUGUUGGGCUGCUGUGUGCUUCCUGGGUUGGGGGCUUUGUACACUCUAUUGUCCAAGUGGGCAUCAUCAUCCAGCUGCCCUUCUGUGGACCCAACAAGCUGGAUAAUUUCUAUUGUGAUGUUCCCCAAGUAGUCAAACUUUCUUGCACUAAUACUUUUGUGGUGGAACUACUCAUGGUGUCUAACAGUGGCCUGGUGACUUUGAUGUGCUUUAUUGUGCUACUCGUGUCCUACUCCAUUCUUCUGGCCAAACUCAGAGCAGGGUCUGCAACAGGGUUGAGCAAGGCUAUCUCCACAUGUGUUUCCCACAUUAUUGUGGUAACCUUAAUUUUUGGACCUUGCGUUUAUAUUUACCUCCGUCCUUUCCGCACCUUUCCCAUGGACAAAGCUGUCUCUGUUCUCUACACAGUCAUCACUCCUGUCCUCAACCCUUUCAUUUACACUCUGAGGAACAAUGAUUUCAAAAUGGCCUUGGCCAAGCUCAUAGGAAAGAAGGCAAAAUUAACUCCCUGA